GGGCUGCGCGGCCCCGCCCGUCCCGGUGUGUGGCGGCGGCAACGGCGGGAGCGCGGCCGCGGCUGCUCGGGCCUGGGGCGCGGCAGGGGCGACAUGAGCACGUCCUCCGUCUCCAAGGGCUGCUUUGUUUUUAAACCAAGUCCCAAGAAGAGAAGGGUGUCUCACAAACCAGAGGAUGAUUUUGGAGAAAGAAAGGGUGCUUCAGAGGACACUGAGCUGCGAUUUGUUACUUGUCAGUCCUUAUGGGAUCAGAUCAAAGCAGAAACAGAGCAAAUACAGGAGGACUUGAACAAGCAGUUAUUUGAUAACCUAGUAAGUUUUUUGAGGCAGUCUCAUCCUGACUUCCAAGAGAAGACCACAGAAUGGACUCGUGGGAUGAAGUCCAGAGAGAUCCCUACUGCAGCUCUUGUCUUGGGUGUAAAUGUCACAGAUCACAGCUUGACUUUUAGAAGUCUCACUGAUGUCCUUCAGAAUAACAUUACUCCUUACAUAGCCAUGCUGGAAGCCAAAAAUUGUGCAGGGAUAAAAAACCUAAUGCAAAAGCUGAUGGGGCAGCUGAUGAACUGCCAGAUAGAUGAGGAGCCCUUGGAAGAUGAGGAUUAUGUGCAGGUGUCCCAGAAGAGAAUCCGUUGUUCGAUGUCUUCACUUGUCACCUGGUAUGAAAGUGUAACAAAGAAAACAGAUUCUGGAACUCCAAGCAAAAGAACAUCUUCCUCUUCUAAAUAUGGGCAGUAUCCUCCAGUUGUAGUUGUAUUGAAAGACAUGGAGAGUUUCAGCACAAAAGUACUUGAAGACUUCAUAGUCAUCAGCAGUGAACAUAUCCACGAACUACCUCUAGUAAUGAUCUUUGGAAUUGCUACAUCUCCAAUGAUGAUCCACAAUGUGCUUCCUCACUCUGUUUCCUCCUUGCUCUGCAUAGAGCUUUUCCAGUCCCUUUCCUGUAAGGAGCACCUGUCUACUAUAAUUGACAAGCUGCUUCUGACCCCACAGUAUCCCUUUAAACUGGGUGAGAAAGCUCUGCAGGUUCUCAUCAACCUAUUCCUGUACCAUGAUUUUUCUGUCCAGAAUUUUAUCAAAGGAUAUCAGCUCUGUAUUGUGGAGCACUUCUACUCCCAGCCUCUUAGUGUCCUGUGUUGCCAGCUGGCAGAUGCCAAGACACGAGCAAAUGCUCUGUCGCACGAUCAGUGUGAGAACGUCCGGAGGCUGCCCUCGUUCAGAAGGUAUGUGGAAAGUCAAGUAUCAGAGAAACAGAUUGCACUGCUGACAGAAGACAGCUGCUUAAAGGAGACAGUACAGGAGCUGCUGCAGGACUUGCAGGUUUACCAUGAAAAUUACAUCUCAGCUCUCAGAUGUCUUCAUGUUUUCACAUCUUUCCUUCCAAAGCAUCCUUUGGGCAAGCAGAUCAGGGAGCUGCACUGUACAUGUUUGGAAGACCGAGUGUGGGAGACGGAGGAGUAUGAGUCAUCUCUCCAGCUAGCAAGGAUGUUGAAUAAGUCUGAUUUGGUAACCAUGCUUCAGCAAUGUGUGGAAAUCUUUGUGUCAUCUUCUGGAAAGCAGUCUGAUGAGAUAGUAGAGAAGUUGAAGGAGUUCUUGACCCAGUUUCAGAAACUAGAAGUAGCAGAAGCUUUCCAAGAACCAGAUGUGUCCAUAUCGUCCCCAAAGGAGCUCCAGAAGAAGACAGACCUUUAUCAUCUCCAGAAGACUUUGUUGGAGUUGAAGGAAUCUAAGAGAUCUAAGAAACUGACCAAGUUUGAACUGCUUCGUUUUGAAGUUGUCGACUACAUAGACAGCCUCGUGAGAAAGUACCUUCUUCCUGCAGACCACAAAACCCUGCAUGAGGUAGUCUAUUUCAACACAGCCAGCGUGCUGCGGGAGCACCUGAACGCUGCCCCCAGGAUUGCUCUCCACACAGCUUUAAAUAACCCAUACUGCUACCUGAAGAAUCAAGCUCUGAAAACUGAUGGAGGAAGCAUUUCUAAUAAAGCCCCUGAUAUCUGCAUAGUGUACAGGCUGCACCUGGAGUGUGGCAGAUUAAUCAAUCUCGUUGACUGGUUAGAGGCUUUCACAACCGUAAUGAUGGCAGCUGAGGGACCAAAUGCAGAUGGAGCAUCCUCAGACCAGGAUGAUGAUGUUAUCCAUGCUCGUUUCAUCCGAGCUGUCUCCGAGCUGGAGCUUUUAGGCUUCAUAAAGCCCAGCAAGCAGAAGACUGACCACGUGGCAAGGCUGACAUGGGGAGGCUGCUGAUGUGCCCCUGAGAUCUUCAGAAACCUGUUCUUCCUCUUCACCUUGUGCAAGGGCUGUUCCCACUGGGCCAGCCCGCGCUUACUUUGCAUACUGAGUCAAAGUCAACGCUGAGUGAGUGUUGUGAGAUACAUUCUGAGUGCUUGGAUAGGCAUGAAUAGCAAUGUUGGUUUAUGGUAGUCAGCCUCCCUCUGUAAUGUACUGCUCCAUUCAUGCUCAUGUGCCAGAUACUGCGUUGUUGUGCCAGUUUUUAUCUUCUCUGAUGUGUGAUAUUUAAUGCUAGCAAGCCCAAAAGACAACAUUGCCUGUGCAAGCUACAGAAGUGAUGAAGCAGUGUUAUUAACUUGCUCAUCACCAGUUGAUGAGUUUUGAGUCAUGUAAUGCCUUCCAGAUCUUUGAACUACAGCUUUAAAAAUAAAUAAACCCCAAGUAUGCUUAAAA